AUGUUAUCAGCCUUUUUAAAUAUGAUUGUGAUUUCUUUAGCUGCUACUGCUACUGCUAAUGCUCAAUCAUACACACUCGAAUGUAAUGAUCAAGUUCAAGUUCCAUCUGGUUGUUUUGAUUAUGGAUAUUGUGCUGGCGGUGGUUUUAUUGCCAGUUGUUCUGGUCAAGCUUCUGAUUGUCAAAAUGGACAUUCAUUCUGUUUUGCAAAUUGUGUUUGUGUUAGGAACUGA